UUUCAGUUCGAUUUUUGCUGUUUUCCCGUUCGGUUCGAAGUUUUCCAGGUGCCCACAACUAAUCCGAUGCGAUGUAACCUUAUGUUCGAUUUUUCCACCAUUUCGGACGCGGUUCACUGAAAAUGCCCCUCUAAUGGCUUCCCGUCGGCGGUUCGGUCGUGAUCGUGGCAGGAACGCGCGCGGUUCGGUGUGGAUUUCCGAGUGUUUUGGGUUGGUUUAGGGAUUGUUGGCUGGAACAAACUUAACGGUGCAAGGCUACACGAAAAUGAAAUCAAAACUUCGGUGGUGGAAAAAACUGCGCCUCAGGCUUUAAAACGGUGUGGUGUGAAUUUUUGUGGAGAAAGUGUGCGAGAUUUGCCAAAUUUGAGCAUUUUUCGACUAAAUUAAGGAUUAAGCUGUAAAUUUCACCCCUUCUGCUGUGUUCACCGAACGGUUUGAACAACCACCCGACUCCGGAUGACCUAAAAGUGCACGCACUUUACUCUUGGCUUACUCUUGGAAGUUCUAGUGUCAAGCAGGGUUGAAGUCCGGUUAUGCCCUUUUCGACCUCCUUCGAGCCUGGUGACCGUUGACCGAACCGAUUACAUCCCAAAAUCACCGCGACCAGGUCGUCGAAGAUGAUCCCGCGGUGGACCGUCCUGCUGGUUCCGCUGAUGCUGGACGUGCUCCUGGAUUCGGUCCAGGCCGGAAAGAGCCACAGAAACAACUACGCCAACUACUCGAGUGACAUGGAAGUGACGAAGCACCCGGUCGCUAGCUUAGACCUGUCGGACAUCCUGCCGCUGCACCAUAAAACUUACGACAAAAACCGGGCGCCCAAGCUGCUCGGACAACCCACGGUGGUAUACUUCCACGUGACCGUGCUCUCGAUUGACUCGAUCAACGAGGAGUCGAUGACCUACGUGGCGGACAUAUUUUUGGCACAAAGCUGGCGCGACCCGCGGCUCCGGCUACCGGAGAACAUGAGCGAGGAGUACCGGAUACUGGACGUGGACUGGCUGCACAGCAUCUGGCGGCCCGACUGCUUCUUCAAGAACGCGAAAAAGGUCACCUUCCACGAGAUGAGCAUCCCGAACCACUACCUGUGGCUGUACCACGACAAAACGCUGCUGUACAUGUCGAAGCUGACGCUGGUGCUGUCGUGCGCGAUGAAGUUCGAGUCGUACCCGCACGACACCCAGAUCUGCUCGAUGAUGAUCGAGAGCUGUAAGUAUUGCGUGGGGGCGUUAACUACAUUGGUAGAAAAGGGUAAGAUGUCGUUGGUUGCCUAGUUUUAUGGUAUUUUGAGUGGUUUUUUAGCACAAGGUUUGGUGAGUAGCCUUCAAUGUCUUAAGAAUCUCAAUUAAACAAAAAGCUUACAUUCUCAGGAAAAUGAACAGCUGAAGACGAGCAAAUGUC